AACUGAACAUGAAUUCACAUAUUCUCUUAUAUAUAGUGGAUAGGCUUAGUCUGACAUAGCCUAGAAAUAACCUGCCUGUUAAUGUAGGUAAAUCCAGGCAAUUAUUUGCGACGAACCGUAAAUCUACCGUCACCGGUUCAUGAGUUUAAAUACGUUUUCGAUAUAUAAUCAAAACAUGAAGAUUUGUGAAGAGAAGUGGAGGUAGGCUAUGCCUGUCCACUUCUCUCAGUAAAGAGAAUAGAAUUCACACAUGACUAACCCGGCAUGACCUUCCUGUUCUGGGAGGCCAAGGUCACAUAGACUAUGGAAUGAAAUGAAAGUUCUUGUUGUAAGUUUUUAUAUACAUAUAAUUAAGAAAAAGUACAUGUACAUGUAGGUCAAACUUCAAGGUCACAAGGUCAAACACUGUGGUGUCACAAGGUCAUGUCAUAAAAGAAUUUAAUCUAAAUACGAAAUAUGACAGCACUUACUUACAUUUAUAGUUCAGGAGAUAUCCAAUACAGUACCUGGGUCAUCACUAAAUUUUAUUUUUUCAAUAUAAUACAUAUUUCAUUGAAAAAGCCUUUCUUGAAAAACUUGUUGCAGCUUUAUUUGUGGAUCAUCUUAAUGCAUAUGCUACAGUAUUUUAAAAGAAUACAGUUUCUUCACAUAAUUUUGAAAUAAUUUCAUCUGUAAGCGUUGCGGUAAAAUCACAUGUCAAAUGCAAAAUUGAAAUUUACAUGUAUAGGCUGUAUAUAUUGGUUGUUGUUUUUCAUUUUUUUAUUUUUAUGAUUUUUAUUAAUCUAACCCUUGAAAUUUGAAUUUUUCUAUAUGUCGACCCAUUCUGUUGUUUAUCCCUAUGUUUGGCUUAUCACAAGUAUUUCUCACAAUUCAUGAUUUUACACGUGCUUGUCCAUGUUUAUUUCUUUGCCGCACGGUACCACCACGGCCCCCCGGGGACGUGUUUGAUUGAUGGCUCUAUAACAAAGAUGUAAGAAGAGGAAGUACAAAGACAUAAAAAUAACAAGUAUUCUUCUGCUCAGUCAACCGUAAAAUACCAGAGGCCCGGAAAGGAGAAUUGAAGAUAAUUACAAUUUUGCACAUGGAAUUUAUUUUGAUGGAGUUAAGUAAAACAUUAUCACGUUCGUGUACAAUGUAGUAAUAAUACAUUUUAAAUGUACCUUUUAUUAGCCUUUCUGCAUUACUCUAACAGUAAUCAUGUCAUCAUAAUUCUGAUGACCCCCCUCCCCCUCACCUAAGUCCCCUUUUCUGUUGCAUAUUAUACCCUCAAUUACAACGCUAUUGAGUACCUGGAUAUUCCGUAUUUGUAUGGUCGUAAUUCUAGGAUGUUGAAAAUUAACAGAUAAGGUAAGAAUAACGGGUACUUUUAUUUGGAGUAAAAUACGAGUAGAAUUAACAGCGCAGUGUUAGAAUAUAUAAUUAUAUAAUGUAUAUUCAGUACGUAUAAUUUUAAGUUCAUACAAUGUAUGUACAUUUUUGUGUAAAUCAAUACACGAUUAAAUGUUGAAAUAAUUAUAAGGCAUACCAUCAGCUGAUCAUUUAAUGAAAGAAACGAUCUGGGUCAUAAACAGAUACGGGGUCAUACGUUCUGGUGGUCGGCUUCCACACAACAAUGAUAAAGUUUCUAUCAGCUUUGAGACCCCCCCCCCCAAAAAAAGAAACCCCCACAGCAACAAUAGAAACCUAUACUUAAGUUACAUGUACUACAUUCUUGUUUGUAUAAUAUAUUACAUCAACAUCAAUAUUAUCAUCUUCAUCUUCAUCAUAAUCAUCAUCUUUUCAAAAUAUUCUUCGAAUAAUAGUUAUGACCAUAUCAUUAUUCUUUGUUGUGUCAGAACACUUUAAAUCGAUGUUCUUAUCAUCAUAAGCGAAAUGUCUUAAACCCUUCUUCCCACUGAUAAGGAGAAUUUUUCUCUGCGUCGCUUAAAAAAAAUUGAAUUUGUGAACGAGAUACUGAAAUUUUGAGAGAAAAAAAUUCUCCAAGCAUGCAAUUCUAAUGAAAAUACUACGUGAAUGUAAUGUGCACAUCGUAAAUUGUUUUCCGGUUUGUUUGUGUUUUGAUGUUGUUUUGUAUAGUAAUGAACUUUCACUUUGCAGCAUGAUUUGGUUCCGAUGUUUAUUACUGGUUGUGGUUUGGGCAUCUCAUUGUCCAGUCUCUGUCCUGUGUGGUCAGUUUAAAACAUUAGAUGUGGAUAACCUACUGCUUCUAAAUGUUGCCGUAAAGGGCAGACUCGUCAACAAGCUCACUGAUGCGAUUGAAGAAACCCAAACAGCACGGCAGGCAUUGACAGAGAAGGUCAAAGGUUGUUUGGUCAAAGCCUCGGCUAAUCAUGUGUUGUGCAGGGAAUGUGUCCGAAAUUUCUGUGAAAAAAGAACUUUGCAGUGCAAUGGUAAUAUAACCAAGGUGGAAAUUGUAAUGAAGAGGGAGGAAGAGACCCCUCUUCCGGAAGUAAAAAUAGUGGAACCGGAUGUAAAGCUGGCCGAAUCAGUGAUAGAAAUAUCCAACACAGCAACAGAAGAUAUUUUACUAGAAGUUCCAGAUACUUUACAAGAGGAAGGACACUAUAUAGUAGAGGAGGCUGAAACCGAGUCUAAACUGGAGACCCUGGGGCGGACAAUGAGGGAGGGCUUUAACAUGGCCAUGGACAAUAUUCCAAAGUUGAUGCCAAAAGUGAAAGAAGCAUUCAGUCAGAUGGAUAUCCACCUAUCCGACCCUGAAAGCAUUGAUCGUUUGGCCAAUGACGCGGCCCAUCAGGUUGCUAUAGCAAUGCAAGGAAAAGAGGAGGCAGAGAACGAGUUAAACCGUAAUUUUGGAAUUAUUCAGGAGAACCUCCCCCAAAUUGUACACAAAGUCAACAACCACCUCAACAACAUCAUGUCGUCUGUUCAAUCUUUCAUGAAGUCCACGGUCAAUAGGAUUUCUCAGUUACCAGGAAAUGAAGGCUUUGAAAAUGUCUUCAAGUUUCCUAAGAACGAAAAGAAAUGGUCGACUUCAAUCGUAUCUUUACACGUCAUGAAACCGAACGGUCAGGUGACGUCAUGGAGUAAUCGUCAAAAUCAAAUUCGCUCACCAGAUGUCGCACUGAAUCACAAUCAGGCGCUGCACUCUACCCAAUUUAACCGUAAUUCUAUCAACCCCCACGCAAGUCCGAUUCCUGCACCGGAUCAGCAGGUGUUACAGACUGCGCAGCCCACCAGUCCAUUCCAAACCAGAGGGAAAAGAAGUUUCAGUGACGUUCAGUGUGACGACAUAGCAAAGAAUCCACAGGAAGCAUGCGAAAUUUUUCACUUCCGGUGUCAGCAGUGCGCCAAUGACACCAUACUUCUACAACACGGAUGCGGGAAAACUGCGUUGAAGACCAUGGUGGACAUAAAGAUGCUGGACAUGAAGACCGCUCUGUACGUCACGGUGUACAGGAAGUACUUAAGACGCGGUCUGGUCGUAGAGAAGGUGAAGUACGAUGAAAGUAGUUACGAUGCAGUGAAUGAAAUUUACAGGUCCGCAUUUGUUACUGCAAAAAUCGGAAAGAAAAUAAUCACUUACGAAACUUCCGCUUUGCCAUCAUUCACUGAUUUAACGUCUUCCGGUGGAGAAAUCGGCGAGGAAUUGUGGGAAAUUAUGAACAAUGAAGAGGAAUUCGAACCUGGUCAUUUUGUUAAAUCUUUUGAAAAUGAACUGGAAGAAGCUUUCCAUCUAAAACAGACAUCAAAUUCUGGUUGUGUUCAAUCAACCGUAAAUUCUGUUGUCUUUACAGUGACCGGACUCAUUGUCUACUUUGGAUUUAUUGCCCUGUAGACCUAAUGAAAGAUAAAUUGAAUCAUUUAUGGAAACUGGAAUAGAGAUUAUAACUCAUAUUUCUUCCCCUGUAACAAUCUUUUGCGAGAUUUCAUAUUUAUAGAUAAUCGACAGAAUAUCGAGAAAUAAAAGCGGGUCUAACCGCAUAGACAAUUGGAUGGGGAGUGGGGGGGGGGGAUGUAGGUCUACAUCUAUCCCAAUUAUCAGUCAAUAACCUUUUUAUUACAUGCAUUAUUUGCCGAGUCAUAUCCUACAUCAACGUCAUGAUGUCAUUAUGAAACCAGCAUACGGAUACUUUAUAGGAAUAUGUCACCCUCUUGGCAAAUUGUUAUGACAUACUGAAUGACAAGGAAUAUUAUCAUGUUUAAUUGUAAAAUACGUCUGUUCGUCAAGAGAAUCGCAGCUCCUCGUGCUUAUCAAUAAACAUCCCCUCCCCCCGCAUCUUUGAUUUCCUGUAUGCAACUUUUCACAUUUCAAUGUCAAACUUAUCAAGAAUAUUUUUGAGUAAACCGGAUGCAGUUAUGUAUUAAUGAGGGGACACACCCCUUUGAAGGCCUUCCAAGGGGAGGUAAUAGGAAACAUAAGUAAUAACCAAGUGCAGUUUACAUACAAUUUCUUUAAAUUACAUCCCAUUCCUCGGUAUACUCACAUUGGGUGUUCCAUAUUGCACAGGGAUACGAAAAAUGCUUAAGGAGGUACACUACAUCAUCAUAAUGGCCGACUUCCUUUUAAAAUGUUAAUGAAAUUUUAAAAUAUAAAUAUUAGCAAGAUUCCCGUGAAAUUGAUUGUCUAGCUGGGUAACCUAGCUAGCCGUCUGUUGAUCUGUAGAAUGUGUCCAGCAGAUGUCCUAAAAAAAAAUUUUUUUUAGAUUACUCUCUACUAAAACUGCAAUUUGGUCUAAAUAAAAAAUUCAAAAUAUUGUACAUAUCCUCCAAUCUUCAUCCAUAUUGAAUCCUCUUAAAACUAACAAGGCCACAGAGGCGACCUUUCAAAAUAAAACAGGAUUUGUGUAUAGCAUGGUUCCCAUGUCAAGAAAAUACGCACACAAUAUAAAUCAAACCAUGGCCAAGGGAGACAAAUGGUAUGUAAGAAGCUUAAAUCACGUGAUGUAUCGUUCCUUGCAAGCCUGGCGAAUCUCGUCUUUGUAAGACCAAGCAGAACUUAUGAUUUUGACACAUGCGUGUCUUGUAGGUCUCGCAUUCUUUAUUUAUUUAUACAUGUAUAUAAUGUUUACCUGUCUCGGACUGAUUAUGUCCCCUGAAAAAAUUGUAAUAUUUUGUUUGUACCUAUAUUCUAAUAUCGUUUAAAUUAUUACAUUACCAUUACAAUCA